CAUGUACUGAAGAGCGGUAGAAGUGUACAGGUUGUUGUUGUCAAAGUUGUGCUGAAUGCGAGUUUAAUGUAGAGAGUUUUUACUUAGAUUUUCCAGAUGAUUAAAACUGAGAAGGUUUUACAUUUGAAGAGUUCUCGGGGUGGUAAAGUCCGUGUUGUUCGGGAGCACUAUGUGAGAGAGCAGGUGGAGUGCGGCAGUUCACUGUGUGAGGCGGGCUGUGUCAGCGAUGGCAAGCUGCUGUCUGGAGAUGUGACCCACUAUGUGGUGCCGGACGCUGGAGUGGUCCGGGACUUUCUGGAGGUUUUGGAGUUUAGGGAGUUGCAGGGGAUUGUGUUCACCCAGACAGCCUGCCAGGCUGCACAUCAUGCACGUGGACGGAGGCACUAUAACAGGUUACGUGUGCUCCUAAAGGACCCGCGCCAUGACUGUGUCUUGUUUGCUAAUGAGUUUCAGCAAUAUUCUUACUGCCCCCGAGAGAAAGGAGAAACACAAGAGAAAUGGCACACAAGGUGUGUGUACCAUGCAGCAGUGUGGUAUUAUAACCAUCUGGCUGGUCUGAGGCCAGUAGUUAUGAUUACAGAAGAUGAGGAUGCUAUCAAAGAGUACGGCAGUCAAAACAGUGGAGUUUAUGUCAUCUCGACCCAAGAAUAUUUGGAAAGUUUUUGGCCAGACCUGCAGGCAGCCCGGGAGCUGUAUGUGUCCAUCGCUCAGGCUCUACAGGAGAGAGAAAGUGAAGGAGCAGAGAAGGAAUACACUGAGCACCUGCCUGCUGAGGUGCUGGAGGCAGGAAUCAAAUCUGGCAGAUACAUUCAGGGUGCACUUAGUGUGAACAAGCAUCGUGCGCAGCAUGAGGCCUUUGUGCGUUUUGAGGGCUCCUCAAACAAGAACACAGAGUUAAAUAGUGACAUCUUGAUCAGUGGUGGGAAGCAUCGGAACCGCGCAAUACAUGGAGAUGUAGUUGCCGUGGAGCUGUUGCCGCACAGUGAAUGGAGGGGCCGGACCACAGCAUUAACGGAAGGACAGGGGGAGGAGAGGGCAGGAGAGGACACACAGAGCCAGCCCAUGCCCACAGGCAGGGUGGUGGGUAUUGUGCAGAGGAAUUGGAGGGACUAUGUGGUAACGUUUCCUCCAAGAGAGGAGCUGCAGUCCCAGAGCCGAAACUCCCAGAAGAUUCUGGUCAUUCCCUGGGACUAUCGCAUACCAAAAAUCCGGAUUAGCACUCAGCAGGCUGAAGCACUUCAGGACCAUAGGGUGAUUGUGCGUGUGGACUCAUGGGAUAGCACCUCUCUCUACCCCAAUGGCCACACUGUGAGAGUACUAGGGAAGGCGGGUGAGUUGGAAGCUGAGAUUCAGACCAUACUGGUGGAGAAUUGCAUCCAUGUGCCCCCAUUCUCUGAGGCCCAGUUGCGAGAGAUGCCUGUGAACUCUAAGGAGCAGCCAUGGCAAAUGGGCCCAGCUGAAGUGAGCUCUCGUCGGGACCUACGGGACACACACCUGGUGUUCAGCAUUGACCCGCUGGGUUGUGAGGACGUGGACGACACUCUGUCUGUACGCAUCCUGCCUGGAGGCAAGCGGCUGGAGCUAGGCGUGCACAUCGCAGACGUCACACAUUUCGUUAAAGACGGCUCACUCACUGAUCUGGAGGCUCGCAGCAGGGCUACCACCUAUUACCUGGCUGAUCGCAGGUAUGACAUGCUGCCGGCAGUGCUGAGUGCUGACCUCUGCUCCCUACUGGGAGGAGUGGACAGAUAUGCCAUGAGUGUACUGUGGGAGCUGGAUGCUGAGACUCUGGCUGUGUGUAAUGUGUGGUAUGGCCGCACUUUGAUCCGCUCCUCUUACCAGCUUCACUAUGAGCUGGCCCAGAGCCUGCUAAAUGGAGAAGAGGUUGAGGUGCCAGAGUUGUCCCAGCUCAAGAGCUCUGAGCAGAGUCAGAAACUGGCUGAGCUACUGCAGGCUCUGGAGACCCUGACUCGGGUGGCCAGGCACUUGCGGGCACAGAGGGAUAAAGUGGGUGCUCUGGAGCUGGAAGGGGUGGAGGUGAGGGCACAGUUGGACAAGGACAAGAACAUCGCUGCUCUCGUUCCAAAACAGCCUCUGGAGGUACAUGAGACGGUGGCAGAAUGCAUGAUUUACGCCAACCACUGGGUGGCACGCAAGAUCCAGGAGAGUUUUCCCCACCAGGCACUGCUGAGGCACCAUCCGCCACCCAGACAAGAGUUCUUUAAUCAGUUGAUUGACAGCGCCAAGGGACGUGGCUUUACGAUCGAUACACGGUCAAACAAGGCUUUGGCUGAUUCCCUGGACCGGGCGGUGGAUCCCCAAGACGCCCUGGUAAACAGGCUGCUAAGGAUGAUGGCCACCCAGGCCAUGUCAAAUGCCCUAUACUUCUCGACUGGAGCCUGCCCAGAAGAACACUACUAUCACUACGGUCUUGCUCUGGAUCGCUACACACAUUUUACCUCUCCAAUCAGGCGCUACGCUGACAUCAUAGUGCACCGCCUUCUUAUGGCUGCUAUCCAGUCAGAGAAAGAUGAGUACCUUCAUAAGACCUUAGCCAGCAACAAAGAACUGGACGAACUGGCGCAGCACAUCAACAACAAGAACCGAGCGGCCCAGCAUGCUCAGAAGCAGUCUACAGAGCUUUUCCAGUGCCUCUACUUCCGAGACAAGGACCCACUUACGGACGAGCGCUGUGUGGCUGAUGCUAUUGUCUACGCAAUCAGGGCCAAUGGCAUGCUGGUCUUCCUGCCACGAUAUGGUAUGAAAGGAGCAGUGUACCUGAAGAAUCGGGAUAGCCAGGUGAUCAGUAUGGGAGAUGAUGGCAGGUGCGAGUGGCAGGUGGGAACGUUACAGAGAUAUCCAGACAGAAUUAGCACCUUCACUGGCACAGGGACGCACACCUUUCACCUGUUUGACCAUGUCACCGUGCGCAUCUCUGUGGAGCCCUCCCGCUGCCAUGCUGACGGCGUGCAUCUGGAGCUCAUUAGUAACAAGCCGCAUCAGGCUGCAAGGGCUGAGUCUCAUCCUGCUGGUCGUGGCCAGUCUGAGUUGGUUCAGGAGGUGGUGCGCAGGGAAGAGGAGGCAUCCCUCCAGGCAGAGGAGCAGAAGGCAAGGAGACCUAAACUGAGCCGAGAAGAAAGGGAGUUCAGACAAAGCAAAACGCCCAAUCUCUACUCCCUACUGCAAGAGAUCAGUGAGCUGGCCCUGCUGGACUUACCCAACACUGAAGCACAGACGUGCAGUACCUCAGCAUAGGUUUAUUUCAAGGAUUGAAAUCCAAUCCAGAAUCCCACAUCUGAUCUUAAAACCUUUGUUGAAAUGGCCCUUGGGGGCUAGUUUAUUAGAGACUUGGAUGGUGGAUUUCAUUGCUCAAACGUUGCAGAACUUGAUUUUUGUUUACUCUAAAGUUUGGCACAUCCACUUUAUCACUGGACUGCUUUGGCCAAUGUUUUACUCAGAAAUUGCCUAUAAACUGAGGAAUUUCCCUAAAGUAGUUCAAUUCUCUCAGUUAGUUGCACUGAGAAUAUAUAAACCAGAGACAGAUUGAAUUAACAAGAGAAAAAAAGAUUGCUUUUUGUUUAGCUGCGGUGUUCAAGGUAUUUUUACAAGGUGUAUGAACUGUAGAUUUUAAAGAUGUUUUGUGCUGAGUUGAAUUAAAAAGUGUAUUUUCAUAAAAAGUUAAAAA